GUUCCCACCCUUGCGCAUCGAGAGCUCAAGUCAAGUGCAGCUGGGAGAGGAGUGCCAAUGGAGGGGACGCCGCAGCUGGAGACCGGCGGCGGCGAGUACACGCAGGACGGCACGACGGACCUCUGCGGCAACCCGGUCAUCCGAUCCAAUCGAGGAGGAUGGAAAGCAUGCUCCUUCGUUCUUGUGUACGAGGUGUUCGAGCGGAUGGCGCCCUAUGGAAUCGCGUCCAACCUGGUGCUGUACCUGACGAGGGAGCUGCACCAGGGCACGGUGCGCUCCGCCAACAACGUCACCAACUGGGCCGGCACCAGCCUCAUCACGCCCGUCCUCGGCGCCUACAUCGCCGACGCCCACCUCGGACGCUACCGCACCUUCAUGGCCGCCUCCGCCAUCUACCUUCUCGUAAGUCCUUCCCUUCCUUCAUACCUCCGCUCGGGCCGCCGGCAAAAGCUCUCCCUGAAAAUGGAAAAAAAAAAACUUGGCCAACGGAUGAUUGCGCAGGGAAUGUGCCUGCUGACCAUGGCCGUGUCGCUGCCGCCGCUGAAGCCGCUGGCGUGCGGCACCGGCACGGCGGACCCGACCUGCGAGCGCAAGGCGUCGAGCCUGCAGCUGGGCGUGUUCUUUCUGGCCCUGUACACCCUCGCCGUCGGCACAGGCGGCACCAAGCCCAACAUCUCCACCAUCGGCGCCGACCAGUUCGACAAGCACGAGCCGAGGGAGCGCCGGCAGAAGCUCUCCUUCUUCAACUGGUGGAUGUUCAGCAUCUUCCUAGGCACGCUCUUCGCCAACACCGUCCUCGUCUACAUCCAGGACAAGAUCGGCUGGACCGUCGGCUACGCGCUCCCCACCAUCGGCCUCGCCGUCUCCAUCGCCGUGUUCACCGCCGGAACGCCCCUGUACCGCCACAAGCCGACCUCACCCGAGAGCUCCCUCGCCAAGAUGGCCGGGGUCAUCGUCACCGCCGUCCGCAAGUGCCGCGUCACGGCGCCCGCGGACCCGCGCGACCUGCACGAGCUCGACCCGGACCAAUACGACAGGAAAAAGACGUCCCCGCUGCCCCACACGCCGACUUUCAGUGUGCUGAGCAAAGCGGCGGUGAGGACCGGGGCCGGGAGCACGUCGCGGUGGUCGCUGAGCACGGUGACGCAGGUGGAGGAGACGAAGCAGAUGCUCAAGAUGCUUCCCGUGCUGUUCAUCACGUUCGUGCCGAGCGCGAUGCUGGCCCAGAUCAACACGCUGUUCGUGAAGCAGGGCACGACGCUGGAGCGGCGCGUCGGCGGCUUCGACAUCCCGCCGGCGAGCCUGCAGGGGUUCGUGACCGUCUCCAUGCUCGUCUCCGUCGUGAUCUACGACCGCCUCUUCGUGCCCUGCAUGCGGCGCCUGACAAAGAACCCGCGGGGCAUCUCGCUGCUCCAGCGGAUGGGCGUCGGGCUCGUCCUCCACAUCGCGAUCAUGGUGAUCGCGUCGGCGACCGAGCGGCACCGCCUGGCCGUGGCGCGCGAGAACGGCGUGCUCGACAGCAGGGGCACGAUGGUCCGGCUCUCCAUCUUCGUGCUGCUCCCGCAGUUCGUGCUCAUGGGCCAGGUUUCCAACAUCCUGGAGGUGGCCAAGAUCGAGUUCUUCUAUGACCAGGCGCCCGAGGGGAUGAAGAGCCUCGGCACGUCCUACGCCAUGACCAGCCUCGGCGUCGGCAACUUCCUCAGCAGCUUCCUGCUGUCGACGGUGUCGCGCGUCACGCGACGGAGCGGAAGAGGACAUGGAGGCUGGAUCCAGAACAACCUCAACGCCUCGCGGCUGGACCUCUACUACGCCUUCGCCGUGCUUAACUGUGCUAACCUCCUCGUCUUCUUCGCCGUGUGCCGGAUGUACGUGUACAACGCCGACAGCGCUGACGGUGGCAAGGAGAAGCAGGGGAGGCCAGGAAUCGUGAAGGAGCCAAUGAUAAUACUCCCUCCGUUCCAAAAUAGAUGACUCAACUGUUGGCUUUUGAUCACUAGACCAAAUUGCCCAGGAGCUACACAAGACACGUGCUAAGCUAGCUAGCUAUCGAGCAAGCAGCUUGAUCGAUCUGGCCGUGCGUGCGUACACGAGGCUGUCUUGUACGUGCGUGCGUAGCCGGCGACUCUCUCCACGUAAACUUGCGAACGAACAGAAGAAACUCUUUUUCG